AUGAGCGAGCAGCGCGCCCUCGAUCGUGCGUGCCGCGAGGGUAGCAGUCGAAGCAGCAGAUUCACACGGACAGCAGCCUCGAUUCGCCCUAUCCCUCGAGCUUCGGCUAGCGCUGAUAGUGUGAUGUCCUCGGCUUCCCGAACAAGGCAACAGGAGGGCAUCAGUGAAUGGCGGGAGAGAACCGCUCGGAUCGCUCGUACUGCGAGUCAUGAGGCGCGGAGCCAUCACGAGCAACAAGAACAACCGUCUGAGCAGCGCCGUGGGCAUCGUGAGGAGCGGCCGCAAGUGCGACGGCCUCGUGUACACCACCAGGAACACCGUGUGCACCAGCCCAGCUUCGAGUCUCUGCGUAGCAUCUCGAGCUCUGACGAGGGCAAAACCAAGUCAAGCUCGAAAAGGGACCGGUCCGGGGCGCAGUCUAGUCUGAAGUACUUGGUCCGGGGCUUCCUGAAGGCAUGUCGGGGCACGAAAGACGAGGGGCGCAAGGCCAGCGCGGACGGCGAUCCAUUCUUCCCCUCGCCACAGGUGACCUUCCUCAUCGACCAACUUGAUAACCUGGUCUGCCAGAUCUGUGUAGUGACACCGCUGAAGAUGGCGAUCAGUGCUGAGGAUGAGACCGAAACGAUCCCGGCAUGCUUGCCGUGUGGUCAUCUAGCGUAUCAAGGCUGUAUGAGCUCUUGGCUAGACUUGCACAGGAACUGUCCCUUCUGCAGAGAGAAGAUGGUCUACGGCGGAUGUGGACAUGGUGUGAAGCCUACCCUCAUCGCCCACGACACCAUCCACUCGCUGCCGCGGACUCUGGCCCCAGGGGGUACAAUUGGUAACAAGUGCCACCCUUGCCGCGACAAGGAUCGUCGAGAGUCUGCACUCAAGAAGUGGCAGUCGUAUGCCGAGACUUUCAAGGCUGCUCGUGCUGAAUUCGAGCGUCUCGCCACCGAUGAAGCGAAGGAGGCCAUGGAGGUCGCUCUUAAGCGGCUUGAGCGUGCUCCGAAAGAUGUCGCGUAUGACACCCUCGCUUCUAGUCACGCCACGUGGUAA